UUUCAAAAUGACUUCCAGAGGAAAACCUUUGACAGCUGCAUCUCUGUUGAUACUUUUGAUGAAAGUCUUCAGUGGAAACAGUCUGACAUGUCAUCCAGCAGAGUAUCAGAUAGGGAAUGAAUGCUGUCACAAGUGUCCACCUGGAAGUCGUGUUAAAACAGAUUGUACAGAGUUCAGAAGUACUACCUGUCUGCCCUGCUUAGAGGGAACCUACAUGAAUCAACCUACUGAACGUACACAAUGUUUUCCCUGCACAAACUGUGAUGCAGGUUCUGGUCUGAAGAUAAAGACUUCAUGUACAUCAACAUCAGAUACAGUUUGUGAACCACUGGAAGGAUUCUACUGUAUAGACGUCAAAGACAAAGGACAUGGGGCAGCACAGAGACACAAACACUGUGAACCAGGACAAUACAUCAGUAAAAAAGGAACAGCCUCCACAGACACUGAGUGCUCUGACUGCACUGAUGGAACAUUUUCAGAUGGGACAUUUACAUCUUGUCAGCCACACACACAAUGUGAAUCAGUAAACCUUCAGCUGAUCAGACCAGGAACUGCUUCAGAUGAUGCUCAAUGUGGACACAGUUCAAAAAUACCAGCAAUUGUGAUUGUUGUUAUUGUAGUAUCUUUGUUAUUAAUAGCAGCUGUAGUUGUAUUCAUAUUGAUAAAGAAGAGAAAAUGUCUAACAGGCCUUUUCAGCCAAAAGAAUGAGAACAGUCCCCCAGAGGAGAUUAAUGGAGGAGAAACCGCUGUAAUGAUGCCAAUGCCAACAGCAGCAGAGAUGGAUUCAUCCAGAGGGAGCUCCGAGUAGAGCUGCUCAUCUUUCACAUUGAAAGGAACCAGUUGAGGUGGUUCAGACAUCUGAUCAGGACGACUCUCUGCUGCCUUCCUUUGGAGAUUUUCCAGCCACGUCCAACUGGUAGGAGACCCUGAGGUAGACCCAGAACUUUCUGGAUGGAUUACAGAUCCCAUCAGGACUGGGAACGUCUCAGGAGGAGCUGGGAAACCUUGCUGGGGUGAGGGACGUCUGAUAAACCCUGCCUAACCUGUGGCACUGCUACCUGACCCCAGAUCAGCAGAAGAGGAUGAGGACAGUGUCCUUUACUGCAGCAUGAUGGGACAUCGCUGCCAUCAGAGGACCAGUGAGGAACAUUAUAAUAAUCCUUCACAGUGGACAUUUUAAUUUGGGAAGGAUGAUGAACACAGUAUAUUUACUCACACUUGAGUUCAAGUUGUGUUUGUGAGUUAUGAAAUAUCAGUAACAAUAUGUUGUAUGAAUGCUGCAGGCUGACUGUCAGGUGUAAAUCAACUGGAAUCUAAUGAUCCCUGUAGAUGAUUCAAACAUUAAUAUGUUAAUAAUGUUCCAGUGUUUGUGCUGCACAGGUCCUUUGGACAAUUCUGUUGAAAUGACAGGAGCAACAGCUGAGAGUUAAACUGCAGCUUUCUAAAUGUGAGUUCACUGGUGAGGAACACGAUACAACAACAUGUCAUUUAAAGGUUUUAGUAGAGAAGGAGGUGUUGGAUGCUGAGGACAGAUGAGUGGAUGUGUAGGGCCGUAGUGAAGGGUGUCAUCUGUUAGACUGGUCUGGGAGGACAUACUGAAGAGGGGGUGGAGGCAGACUGACUGUGGGGGUUCCAUCAUGACGUGACUCCACUCUGAUCACAGGAACUCAGUCGUGGGAGAAGAACGCAGCAGAAUAGGGAGGGAUGAGGGAAGGAGGGAUAAUGUGUAGGUUUGACAGGUGUUAGAGGUGGAGUUGAGGCGUGGCUCUGCUCCUUAAGGUAACUAGUUAAAUUCAUUUAGAGUGAAGGGUCCUGGGAGGUAUGACACAGCUGUAAGUUGUUUUCUGUUUGAAAUAGUGAUGUGUAGUUUGAAACAGUGUAGUCUAACUCUGGGACAUUUCCUGCAGACAUGUUGGAUUAAAACAAAAUGAGUCCUGGUCAAUGUUAAUUGGCUUCAACAUAAUCCACAGUGGAAGUGAAGGUUUAAAUAAUCAACUCAGCACAGACAGAAGAUGGACUUGUGUAAUAAUGGACUGGAGACCAAAUUCAAAUGAAUACAAAGUAGAUGGAUGUGUGGAAUGUAUUAAAUUAGUGACCAAUCAGAAAGAAGACAGGUGUUUGUUUCAUCAGGUUCAUGAAAAGACAAAGACUUCUAUCAGUCUGAUGAAGCUCUGAGCAAAACACACAGCUGAUGUCAGUGCUAUCAAAGAACAUUUGUUUUUAUGGGCUGAAUGUGUUGAAUGUACUGAAUGUGCUUUAUUUUUCAUGUUGCAGUUUCUUGUUCCUCCAGCUCUGCUCAUGCUGUAAAUAAAGCUUUUUCUCUUUUUAACUAAGUGAAUGUACUGUAUGUUUCUUUACUCUGCAUUACUCUUUAAACUCCAAGUACAGAUUUAUAUAAACAAAUCCACUUGUUUUUUUGAAAAUGUGUGAGACAGAAAAAUCUUGAGUCAGGGACCAUGUCACCAAUAAUCUAUUAUUCUAAUCUAUUCUAACCAUAGUCUAUAGUCUGUUUAAAAACAGAGAAUAAGGUUGUUUUAUGCUGAUAAAAACAUACAUAUGUCAUGGAUCAAAUGUUCUUUAGUUUAAAUGUAUAAAAACUGGAUACUACAUACUCUAAGAGUAAAUCUCCUCAGUAAAAUAAAAUAGUUCAGAUACAGCAUCAAAUUAAAGGUAUGAACUUGUGAGACAGUCUCAGAUUCUAUUUAUUCAAACAAAGAAAUGGUGAAUCCAGGAUGUCAACAGACAGUGUGAGGGGGUGAGAUUGUUGGGAUGUGUUUCAUGCACCAAUGGAUACUCAACUCUGUGACUGCAUCCACUGUUGGUUUAACAGUGUAAAGGCAGAACAACGACAGAGCCACUCAGCUGGACUCAGCACACUCUCACUGACAUCUAGUGGCUGAAAAGCACUUUUACCAGUAAAUUAUUUGAGCUGUUGUUGCACUUCAUAACACAACAAAAUGAGCUGGUUAAAGAUAAACGGAGGAAUAAAAUGAAUGCAUCUAUUUGA